AUGCUGCGAGCUACUACCAGCGUUCAACGCUGGAUAAUGGCGUUUCUUGCUUUCCUACUCGUAUCUACCGGGUGCGCCCGCAGUGUCCCCCUGCAGUCUCUGUCUGGACUCGAUGAUGGUGCUCUGGCGACGGGCAACGCAAGUCUCGUCAAACGCCAAAACGACAAUUUGGUGGUGGAUUGGGCGGAUAGAGGCCCUUUGCUGAAUAAGGGAAAUGGAUUUGUCUGCGCCUUCUCCCAAACCAACUACCAAAUCUGGGCCGCAAACAACAACCAGAAUCCCCAGAGCAUAUGGACCCAGUACGACGACCUUGCCGCCCAAGGCUGGGACGACGAUAUGUACAUCAGCGGCGCCGGCGACGAAGACGACGACGCGGACAACGAACCGGCGUACGGCACCGACAUCGACGACGCGCUGGAAGGUCUCGGCAGCGAUCCUGAAAACUGGGGCAAGAUCUCGGCGUUGCAUGCUAAUAACUGGGUUUGGAAUGACGUGGAGUACGAGGCGACUGGGGCGGAUUACCAGCAGGUUGUGUACCCUGUUGGGGGAAUCCUCGCCGCCGACGUAAACUUCUCCCCCGCCGCCGCAAGCUACGGCACGCGCCCACCCCUAGAGCGCUGGUCCGACGUCGCCUACCUCCAAUGGGAAGCCAUGUGCGCGCAAUUCUCUCGCAGCGUGCGCGACCUCUCCGCCAUCCUCCGCGUGCACGUUGUAAACAAGCAGUCCGCUGCAUGGAUCAUCGCCAGCGUCAAGAACUACGACAGCCGCAUGGGGAACGCGCCCCGCGCGCGGAUGCCGACGUGGGCGAAUCGCAUUACGUUUGGUAUUGAAACGGAGGAGGCAAGGGUACUGCUUGGUACGCCGAAUGGGAGUGGGGGUGCGUUCUUGCUGAAUACGCAUAAGGAUCAGCUGGGGCUUAAGAGGAUUAGUGAGGUUGUUGUGUGGGAUUAUGAGGGGUCGGUUAUUGAUGGGCCGAGGGAGAGUAUGGGGCUUUGUAUGGCGUUUAUAGUUGAGGAUGUUUAG